AUGUCUGAUGUACCACGGCAAAACCAAGGUCCCCAACAACCCAUCGCACCUGCAAUUGUGAAUGGAAAUCAUGCUGGAGAGGUUGCAGCUGCUGUUCAACCUCAAAAUGGAGAAGCAGCUCCACAACCUCCUCCUGCCCCUCUUGUUAUUGAUGAGGAGGUAAUUGAUGUGGCCAAGCUUAAGAGACUGGUUUGGAAACAUUUCAAAAAGAUUAAGGUCAAUAAUAUGCGGAAGGCUAAGUGCAACAAUUGUGGAAAAUUAUUAGGAGGGUAUUCUAGUAAUGGCACCUCUCAUUUGAAAAAUCAUACAUCUAGUUGUCUCCAUAGGAAGAUUCAUGAAGGCAGUCAAAAUAUUUUGGGGCCUAACUAUAUGGCUAAAGGAAGAAAGGAUUUGCUUGCUUCUGCUUUUGAUGCUAGUACUUAUAAGAAUGAACUUGAUGUAGCUAUCUUAAUGCAUGAAUACCCUCUCUCGAUGGUUGAUCAUCUCUAUUUCAAGAGGUUUGUGUGCUCGCUUCAACCCAUGUUUAGUGUUCCUAGUAGAAACUCUAUGAAAAAAGAGAUCUUCUGUGUUUAUGAGAAUGAGAGGAAGAAAAUUCAGAAGGUAAUUGAUGAGAGCAAAGGAAGAAUUGCUAUUACAACCGAUCUAUGGACUGCAAGUAACCAAAAGAAAGGUUACAUGGCUGCAAUGGCGCACUAUAUUGACAAAUCCUGGAUUUUAAGGAGUCAUAUGCUCUGGUAA